AUCUCCAUCUCGGUGACAGCUAAUCAGAAAGAACAACAGAGUCGGUGAAGAACCUUGUCGAAAGAGGAGAAUUUUGCUUUUAAAGCAAUGGAGGAGUACAAUUCCGGAGAGGAGGUGUCCUUCAACGCAGAUGAGGCCAGUGUCUCAGUUAAAGAGAUGCUUGACUGUGUUGUCUUCCUUGCUGACUGGCUGGUGUCUGUGUCUCAGUGUAUCGAAGGCAUCAUUGGAGGACUAGACUACAACCAGAACAAAGUGAACCAGUGGACUGCCAGCAUCGUGGAGCACUCUCUCACCCAACUGGUCAAGCAAGGGAGACCAUUCAAGUUCAUAGUGAACUGUGCCAUCAUGCAGAAGAGUGGUGCUGGUCUCCACACGGCUAACUCCUGCUACUGGGACACUGCUACCGAUGGAAGCUGCACGGUCAGAUGGGAGAACCGCACCAUGUACUGUGUGGUCUGAUGAAGCAAGGCUAUCCCGAGUCUGUGUACAGGUCUGAUGAAGCAAGGCUGUCCUGAGCCUGAUGACGAGUCUGCCUGUACAGGUCUGAUGAAGCAAGGCUAUACCGAUCCUAAUGAUGAGUGAGGUUAUGGCUUGUGAAACUAAACGUUUACCUAAAAAAUCUUCUGAAAAUGAUUGCCUCAGUUGGAUGAUUGUGGCCCCGCUUUAAGCAUUUUGUUGUCCCUCACUUGGGGUAAUCACUCAUUGUAGAAGUGAAAGCUGUUUCUAUACUAUUCUGUUGACCAAGCAAAGCUUGGCAGAUUAAUUACUUCAAGAAUGGAGAGUAGGAGAAAUGGAACUUGUAAAGAAUUUGAUCCCACCCUAACAAACUACAGGAAUAUUCUUGGCUGGAUUCCAUUGUCAAAAAUUGCUACCUCUCCUUGUUUUUGGGGGGUAUCAGUACAUUUUAUAUUUUUUGCAACUUUUACUUCACUAUAUUCCUAAAGAAAAUAAUUUACUUUUCACUCAUACAUUUUCCCUGACACACAAAAGUACUUGAGCUUAACAGGACAGGAAAAUGGUCUAAUUCACACACUUGUCAAGUGAACAUGCCUGGCCAUCCCUACUGCCUCUGAUCUGGAGGACUUACACAAAUGCUUUGUUUGUAAAUUAUGUCUGAGUGUUGGAAUGUGCCCCUGGCUAUCCAUAAAAUAAAUAAGAAAAUU